AAACAAACAAGAAAGGGUUUAAAAAUUUUAAAAUUAAAAUUAAAAUUAAAAUAAAGAAACAAAACAAAACAAAUAAUUUGGAUCUGCCGUUCUUCGAGCAGAUUAGAUCCGGAGAUUCGAAAAUUCUUCGUUCUUCGUCCUAAUUUCCCCCAUCGCCAUUUUCGCAGCUUCGAAGAGAAAUGGUUGCCCAUCUAUAAAUUGGAGCUAGCUCUUAUAUUGGUAUUUCAGUGAAAGAUACUGCCAGUUCAUUUGCUUCUGACUUAUAACCAGUCAACCUGCAGGCUGCAAUUUUAUAAUUAUUGGCGUUGCUGCUUACCUGAGCUUUUCUAGUUAAUCAUGUCUGAGCAUAUCAAAGAGGCCGAACGAGUGGGUGGAGAUGGACAUGUUGGAUCUGAAGAAUCUAUGUCGUCAUCUCGUAAAGAGGAGGAAGUUAUAAAGAAAAAAUAUGGAGGAAUUGUUCCCAAGAAGCCACCACUCAUUUCUAAGGUACUUUUCUCUUGUAAAAAAUUAUGUAUUCUUGAGAUCAUGCAUCCUUUCACAUAUGUGUCUAAAGCUUUUGAAUCCCAACUUCAGGAUCAUGAACGUGCUUAUUUUGAUUCUGCUGAUUGGGCAUUGGGAAAGCAAGGAGUUGAGAAGCCGAAAGGACCUUUAGAAGCUCUUCGGCCGAAAUUACAGCCAACACAACAGCAAACACGGUACAGGAAGUCUCCUUGUGCUCCAUCAGAUGGCGAAGAUGGCGGAACUGCUCAAAAUGAAUAUGCAACUUCGAAUGAAUGAAUAACAGUUGCCGCUUGUGCUUUGUUGUAUCUCACUGUUGUUGAAUGCCUGUCUAGGUAUGAGCAAUUUUCUUUUGUUUUUUAGAAUGUAAUUGCUCAGGUUGGAGAUUUGUUAUUGUGCUUACAUUAAGAAUAUCUACUGUAUGGAGAAUGGUAACUAGAUUGAUCUAUUUCAUAUUUUCCAUUGAUCACAGUCGACAUAUUAUGACUUAUUUUAUAAGUCAAAUCUAAAAGUGUUGUAUUAGAUCUUUGAAAUGUUGUGUAUUCUAGACCAUGUACCUUCA